AUGGGCAGUGUCUCGUCGGAGGAAGGGAGCGAGGAAAGGUGCGGAAGCUACAGCCUGAGCGCCGACGUUAGUGAGUCGGAGAGCUCGGCCGGCGACGCCGUGGAGGAUGUAACCGGCGCCCCCUCCAGUUCCGCCGGUUUUUCUUCUUUCGCGGCCGGGAGUUCGGCGCCAUCUACGCCGGCAUUCACUUUUCCGUUGAUCGGAGGGAGGGAUGUGGUGGUUUUGGACGAGAAGCCGCGGAAACUGGGCUCCGAUUUGUCGGAAAUUGAUAUGAUGAAAGAGAGAUUUGCGAAACUUCUCCUUGGUGAAGACAUGUCGGGUGGAGGUAAAGGUGUUUGUACUGCCUUAGCCAUCUCAAAUGCUAUAACCAAUCUUUCCGCCACUGUAUUUGGGCAAUUGUGGAGGCUGGAGCCCAUGGAUCCACAGAAGAAGACAAUGUGGUGCAGAGAGAUGGAUUGGCUCUUAUCUGUCAGUGACUCGAUUGUGGAACUUGUUCCCUCCAUUCAGCCAUAUCCUGGCGGGGGAAUGUAUGAGGUAAUGGCGACGAGGCCGCGUACUGAUUUGUGCAUGAACCUGCCGGCUCUCAAGAAACUGGAUGCCAUGUUGAUUAGCAUUCUUGAUGGGUUUCGAAAUACCGAGUUUUGGUACGUGGAUCGUGGGAUAGUUAUGGAUGAGUGCGAUCAGUUCUCGUCGGGGGCGUCUUCCGGUAGGCCUUCGGUUAGACAGGAGGAUAAGUGGUGGCUGCCAUGUCCUAAAGUUCCAGGAAAAGGUUUGUCCGAGGAUGCAAGGAAAAGGUUGCAGCAGUGUAGGGAUUGCACGAACCAGAUACUGAAAGCGGCCAUGGCUAUAAACAGUAACGUGCUGGCCGAGAUGGACAUUCCAACCGCCUAUAUAGAAACCCUACCCAAGAAUGGAAGAAGCUGUCUGGGUGACAUAAUCUACCGCUACAUAACUGCAGAUCAGUUCUCUCCUGAAUGUCUUCUGGAUUGCCUGGACUUGACUUCGGAGCACCAUACGGUAGAUGUGGCGAACAGGAUCGAGGCAGCUGUGCACGUCUGGAUGCUGAAAGAGAAAAAGAAACACCCCAACGUUCACAAACCCAAACGCAAGUCAUGGGGCGGUAAAGUGAAGGGCUUCGUGGCUGAUGGAGAAAAGAAUCUGCUUCUGGCUCAACGAGCUGAGACUCUGCUGCACAGUCUCAGGCUCCGUUUUCCCGGUCUUCCUCAAACUGCACUUGACAUGAGCAAGAUCCAAUACAACAAGGACGUGGGACAUGCAAUUCUGGAAAGUUAUUCACGGGUUAUGGAGAGCUUAGCAUUCAAUGUAAUCGCAAGAAUUGACGAUGUUCUUUACGUGGAUGAUGCCACCAGGCAAUGCGCGGUGAGCGAGGCUCUCUCGAUUUUCAACAGGGGAGGAGGGUUCAAUGGCCUACCCGUGCAGAAGAAGAUGUCCCCAAGUCCCUUCUCUAUUCAGCACACGCCUUAUGUAUCUCCUUACGCGACUCCUUUGUGCUCAUCCCCUCCUUUGCCGGGCAGCCCGAGAACUGUUACCCCACUCGACAUGAGCUCACGAGCCCUAAACCAUAAGUAUGACAAGGUCGUGCCGGCUGACCUGGAUAAGCUCUGGUUGUAUGCCGGUAAUCUUAAUCUCGGGUCAAGGAGGGUUACUGGGGAUGCCCCGGAGCGCGACUGA